UCUCGAACGAGGCGUGUCUUUGACGUACGUGGAUCACGUCAGCCAUUGUUCAGAGUUUUUGUCUCGUUAGCAGCUCUCGUAUUCGCUAUAAUUCAGCGGUGAAAUUUAUUUUCUGGUGAAAAACAUACUUCAAAUUGCGCGUCAGUGACGAAUGAAAUAUUCGAGGUUGUGCAAAAUUUCCAUUCGAUAUCUUCCAUAGAGGAACUGUUUGUCACAGUGUUGUCGAACGAUUCUUUAUCGACAUUCUCUUCUCGUUCUUUGGAACUGAUAACGCGUUGCCUCGAUGUAACUUUUACGUGAGAGCACGUAGAUCAGUGGAGGAACAUUCUUAUUCGCAAAGAAAGUAUUUAGAAAGAUUGCAAUGAAAGGUUUAAAAAAAAAUUAGCGUCAGUAUUAGGACACAUGAUCGAUUAUUCACGGUUUAGUUUUGGAACAGUGAGUAGGUGGGCUUUAUCGAGCUGUGCUGUUAUAAUAAUCAUACUUGUCGAUAAGGAAGUUUCGCAAAACGUGUUGUGUUCUACUCUCUCCUACUGAAUUGUAGAGGAAAGAAAGAAAGGAAGGAAGGAAGAGAAGAGGAAACCACGAAAAGAGGCUUGAAACUUUCGUACCAUACAUGUGUAUUUAUACAUAGGGUGUAGUCAUACAUUUUAAUCAAAAAACUUGUUUUCGGAAUACUUUUAGAAUUUCCGGAACUUCCUUAAUUAAUAUAUUCAAGGCAGUAUAUUUACAUAUUAUAUCAAAAUUUCGCUUCAUUUCUACGAGUUCUUGCUCUUUCACUGCGCAAACAAUGUACACAUACAAAUCGAUAACUAGUAUGAUACAUUGUUUCAAGUUUCAAUUACAAAAAUAUUUCAGAUAUUUUAGAAAUUGAAUUUUAAAAGUAGAUUUCUUGCGAGUUUGAUAAAAGAAGGAAUUUUAAUAUUUACUAGUAUUAUUAAUUUUAUUAAAUUUCACAGAUCGAUGUUUCACUUAAUAUAACUGUUUACCAAAGAGUUCUAAACGCAUAAAUAUCCAAAAAAUAAUUUCUUUUUCGAAAGAUAAGGAGAAAAUUGAAGCGACAGAGGGUUAACAGCGGCAUCGAGUACAUCAAUAUCUUGAACGCAAAGAUUGUCCUCGAUGUUCCUCGAGGGGUUCGCCGGGAGGGUUUCGAAGAUCGGAAUCGCGUACACCCUGUAGAUACGUGCAUGUACACGGAGUGGUCGAGAGAGGGAGAGAGAGAGGGGGAGAGAGAGAGAGAGAGAGAGAGAGAGAGAGAGAGAGAGAGAGGCACACAGCCACGUAAACGUAGUUGUAAAACGAGCGGGGGAGCGAUCUGGUGGGGUAUAACCGGAAACCAACGGCAGUCUCCGCGGAAAAGAAGCGAGAGCGGGUUCGAGGGAAAUUAGUGUCAGGCCGGUUGUUGUCGCGAGAAGUAGAGAAACCACCCCGAUUAUAAUUCUCGGUGGUGUGGAACUCUAGAGGUGUGCACAUGGUCGAGGUGCAACAGUUGCGCGACCCCUUGGAGGGGGAAACGGACUGCAACCCUUACCCAACGACCACCUCACCCCUGCUCGCUGGCUUCGACGGCUUUAGGAUUUCGACGGAGAGAUGCAGGAACAGAUCCAAUCGGAAACUGAAGGGCGACGGUACGACAGUGGUGCUCGAGAAAGUGAGCAAAGACAAAGUUGCGAAGAAAACGAAACUGAAAACGGUGAAGCCGAGGACCGCGGUGCCCUACAUGGGCAAAGGCUCGAUAGCUGCAAAAGUAUGGGAAACUUUUGCCGCCGUGAGGAAAACGCGGGUACCACGCGACAUCAUAGAGACGGCCUCGAUCGUUGCUCUGGAUCAUGUGAAGGUGUCACCGUGUUGCGAGAAUUUAAACGACAGUGCGCUCUACGAUGAGUCGAAUUCUUUGAGCGAGGUUUACGACCUCGUGAAGAACAUCAUUGCCCUAGACAAAGAGUCAGGUUUGUUUCAAAUUCACCUCUAUUCACGUUUUUUUAUUCGCGAUGUAAACUCUGGAAUUCUUAGGUAUAGGUAUUAACCCUUUGCACUCGAGAGAUGACUCUCAGUCACCAUUAGGUUUCACGCAGCAAAUCUACAAUACCUAAUGUUUGUUUAGGUUUCAUAUCUUUGGAGCUCGAAGUGUCGAUAUAUAUAUAUAUAUAUUAAAAAAAACUUCGUUCUCGAUUUGUCUAAUUGAGACACGAUGAGUCAUGAAACUCAAAUCAUAUUAUCAUGCAUAGUUUACAAAAGUAGUGCGGUUAGGAAAGUGUUAAAAGUAAGAUGAUUCUUUGUCAUCAUAACCACCACUUACUAUCGUCACUGCUCGGUAUAUCAGCGAUGAGUUAAAUAUACCUCCCGUUUUUCUUCAUUCUCCGUACUUAAUGAAACAUCCAUUCUAGGAACAAAAAUUAGGAAACAGUAACUUUGCUACAUAGCUAAAU